AUGGACUGUAAGAAAGUUGAAGGUCGUGAUUGUAAAUCAACGGACUAUAAGAAAUUCGAAGGUCAUGAUCAUAUAUCAGUGAACCAUAAGAAAGUCGAAGGUCAUGAUCAUAAAUUAGCAGAUCGUAACAAAGUUGAAGUUCGUGAUCGUAAAUCAACAAAUCGUAAGAAAGCCGAAGACCGUAAGAAAGCCGAAGGUCGUGAUUGUAAAUCAGUAGACAAUAAGAAAGAAGAAGGUCAUGAUCGUAAAUUAACAGACCGUAAGAAAGUAGAAGAUUGUGAUCAUAAAUCAACGGGCUGUAAGAAAGCCAAUGGUCGUGAUCAUAAAUCAAUGGACUAUAAGAAAGUCAAAGGUCAUGAUCGUGAUUCAACGAAUCGUAAGAAAGCCAAAGGUCAUGAUCGUAAAUCAAUGGACCAUAAAAAGUCAAAGGUCGUGAUCAUGAAUCAGUAG